AUGAUUUUUGAUCAACUGCGACGGAUUGAGAAAUGUUUCAGUUUCGCACUCGUUUUAGGUGCGGUAACGGUUGCAAUUGGUUCUAUGGUAGCAGUUCAAACGGUCAUCAUGUAUAUUAAAACUUCUGAAACAAUGAUUAUACGGGGGACCGCUAUGCUAGGCUGGUCAGGAGCGAGUUGGUUCCACCUGCUUGUAAUAAGCUUCCAGUCUGAUUUGUUUUUCAGACAGAUAGAACAAACGAAGCUCAUUUGCGCUUACAUACAAUUAAAGCCGAACAGUCCAGUGGAAAUUUUAAAACUCACAAAAGACAUAUUGAACCUUUUGGAAGUUCGAGAUGCCCGUGUGUCAGUAUACGGUAUGUUCUCUUUCAACACUGGUUUGGUGCUGAAAAUUGCAGCUUCAACCUUCGUCUACAUCACAGUUCAACUUCAGCUAGCUUUUCCCAAUUUAAGAGAAGUGCACAAAAUUCAAAAUGUCUCUUUAACUCCCCCAGAGUUUGAUUUCGAUCCAAGGAAAGUGAAAGAAUUUUGGUUCCUAUAA